AAUAAUAAACUGUCGUUUAAUUUUUCGUAUGCUCAAAAUAACCCAUAGAAAAACCGAGCUCAGCUAUGACGAUCUAUGCAUGUAUUCCGCAAAAUCUCGCGACCACUUCGCCGAAGAUCAUAAACACUGAUCUGAACGCUUCUAAAGUCUUUAUUCUUCUUUUCGAAGAAACGUUACUACCCCGAAUAAACUUGACUUGAAGUUCUUCAUUCCUCUUUCGAAGAAGAGAUAGUCAAACGAAAUAUUUGUCAAGCAGUGUAAAAUGGCUCUAUUCGAAGAAAUGAUACUUCGCCACCAUAAACGAAACGUUUAACCUUCGUUUGUAUAGUGAUAAGCGUUUGUGAUGGUUUCGUUGUGAUUUAUCAAACAUGGUGCUAAUGUUUUCAAUUUAAUUCAAUCGAAAUAAGUACUUUGAGCUUGCAGCAUCGCCUAUAAUUCGAUUAAAAAGCAGAACGCAACAAAUUGAAAUGGUCCAGAAAAGGGUUUCGAGAUGUGCGAUCAUUUUAUUUAUAAUGUUAUUUGAUGUGCAUCUGUCAUUACAACUGCCCAGUGGAAUUGUUGACGACAACUUUGAUGGAUCACAUAAUAAUUCUGAAGUGACAGUUAAUGGAACGAUGAAACAAGUAUCAAUCAAACUACUUGAGCCAUCAUCCGCAGCAGAAGCGAAUUUGUUUCAAGUGAAAAAUACAAAUCGUUCAAAACGAGAUGUAUCCGAAUGGUUUGGACGAGCUGUAGACGGAUCGUGCAAUUGGGUUACCAAUUCGAAAAAAGGUAUAUCUGAGUGGUUUGGACGAGCUAUAGACGGAUCGAGCAAUUGGGUUACCAAUUCAAAACAAGGUGUAUCCGAGUGGUUUGGACGUGCUAUAGACGGAUCUAGCAAUAUGAUUAACAGUGCAAAAGAAAAAGUAAAAAGUUGGGUUAUUCUUAAAAGCUUUGGAACUGAGGGAAUCAAAUGGAUCGGUGCAGCGAGUAAUGAUACAAGCAAGUGGAUCGCACAGACGGCGAUUGACAGAGAUGUUUGGUUCUUCGAUGGCAAAGAACACAUGGGCAAAUGGGUUGAUUACGUGCCAAUAGAAGCGUCGAAAUGGGCAAGCGCCACCAUUUUCCAUUGUUUUCACAAAUUUAUUUUGGUGCAAGUUGUUGUUGAGGGCGACGGAGAACACGCCGUUGGGGGUGUUAUCAAAGGUGGACCAACUGGAGCUGCAGCUAAAUCCGUCGAAUAUUGUGUGGACCAAAUUCUUAAGGCAGGAGAAUCUGAAAAACGUUGAUGAAAUUCAAUAAUGAUGGUUAUGCUAUCGAAUAUGGCAACGUCUAUGCAAACAAUGUAAAUGACACCCAUAGAAUAAAAGAACAAAUUGUAAGCUCUUUAUCCAUAACUGUGAGACGGAAAAAAAAACUUAAAGCAAAAAAGAGACAAAUAAAGUUGCGAGCAAAAGUGACUCAAUGAAAACCAAAAAUCGUAGGUUCUUUCAAGAGCUUUUGAAUUAUGCACAAAGAAAUUAGAAAACAUUGUUAUUUUUAUCAUUUUCAUUAAUUUCAGCGAUUAAAUUGGUCAAAUUUCAUAUAAAUUGAUAGGAAAUACUCAUCGACUUUGAAUAAACGAAUGU